AUGAGCGAUGACAUAAAUGCAGAAAGAUUACCAUUAUUAGAAACACAGGAAGAUCGAAAUCCCAUUGACUGCAAAGAACAAUCGAUAGUUACCAAUAAUAGUAUCUCAUAUUCAAAUUUACCUACUGACGUAUCAAAAAUUCCUUAUGAUUAUAAAUUAAGAUUUAAAAGUUUUUGGGAAUAUAAUUAUAUUAUUGAAGGUUAUCCGACUGAAUUUAAUGGUGAAAGUAACAAUCAACCCGAGUUCAUAAAAUAUGCUGAAAUUGUAGUUCCUUAUUGGACUUAUGGAAAUUUCAAUGUUAUAGAAUUUAGAUAUCAUUCAAAUGGUUCUGUAUCCUCUGUUUCAACUGUGACUUCUAGGAUCGAUGGAUAUCUUACAAAUGAUGUAGAUAUUUUAUUUACCGUUUCUGAUGAUGAUGUUGAUUUUGGAUUAAAAUCUUGCGAAUAUCGAAUUUCUUGGACUUGGUUGUUUAAUGGUUAUAUUUUAAGACGAUGUAAAAAAGUCAAUGAAACGGUUUUCAAUCUAGUCGCUUUUAUUAGAGGUCAUCCUGCUUGGGGUUUAAAUUUUUUAUCUGUCGACGAGAAGAUAAAAUAUGGUUAUAGUAGUAGGGCUGCUUUUUUUUGGAAUUUGUAUGUGAGGGACGUAUACGUUGAUCCAGCUGCUCCGUUUCCUCCGAUCAUACCCACUCUUUACACCGCUUAUUAUAAUUACUUGGAACGUAUUAGGCAAAGAAAGGGUAACAAACGUGAUGAUAAUACACCAACUAGUUUGACCUUUAAUUCUUCAUUUCGUAUUUCAUUCUCGAAAAAUUUAUAUUCUGGUGAAUUACCAACUGGGAAAUUUUUUACUAAUGAAUAG